GUUAACUUUCUCUCCUCCUCCCCCUCUCUCUGCAGUGAAUCAGCAGGCAUUACGCCUGUCCCCUCUGCCUCUCCUAGAAAUGGCUGUUAACUCUCUCUCUCUCUUUCCUUCCCUCCAACCCUCCCUCUGUUUCUUCCUCUUUCUCUGCAGUAUUCCUCUCUCUCUCUCUCAAUUCAGUGUUGCAAUAUUUCUUUCAGAGAGUUCUCACGUUGGUGCAUAUCAGGUACUGUAGUAUAUUAUGAAUGGUGACUAUGAAAUUCAACCAAACUAUGUGUUGGUUAAUUUUCAAGUCCCUUUUCAUCUGACAGCCUGUGCAAUGUGUAUCCUGUCCCCUCAUCUCAUUACGGUUGAACAAAAAGCAUCGCCAGAUGUCAAAGCUGAAAAUAGCACGAGAUCAUUGGUUGAGAGCAAUGCAGGUGCAGAUGCCUUUGUGGAAACUGCAGGGUGCAGUGUGAGAAAGAAACACUUGUAGUUCCAGGUGUGUUGCUCUCGGCCGAUGUACAGUAUGUGACACGAUGGCAUAUAUUGACUUAUGCGUCUAUAUAUGCAAAUAGCUUACUUAUAUAUACCUCGCAGACAGGCUGCAAGGAGACUAGCGUCGCUCACUGCAAUCUGUUUAUUUCCCCUCAAUUUCUACAUCCAGGUCACCCUCAGCCAUUGUAGCUUGUUUGGCUAAUUCGUCAAUAGACUAUAUGAAUCUGAAGAAAAAAAACACAAUUGACCAAAACGACAACCAAACCUAUAUCGAAAUUAUGAGUGGAAAUAAAUAAAAAUGCAAGAAUUUAUGCUCUGAUAUUGAAAAAAAGACACGCAUGCUAUGAGCGAUAGGAGCAAGCAUGCAAAACAAAAACUCUUAAUUAUAUCAUUAUCAUAUUAUCUGCCAAUUCAAUUGACAAGCAUUAGGAGACAGUUUGCCUGCAACGUAUUGAGACAAUAUCACUAGAGCGUUGGCCUUGUGUCAGCCUGUUCUCAAGCCAUGGAUCAAUGAACAAGGAUCCUCACCCAUGAUGGCUCUCAGGCCUACUUCAGAUUUACUCGUACACUGCACUCCAUUUUUAGUGAACGUGGUUAUAUUGACCAACCGUUUAUAGUGAUCAAAUGAUCGUGCUGCACGGAUGUGACCACUGUAAAAGAGGAGUGUACUCUCACUGGGCACGGACGCCAAUUCAAUGUCUAUUCCACGUUGGGUCAACAACGUUGAUUCACCCAAUGUGCCCAGUGGGCUGUAAAGCCAAAUAUCCAUGGCUAACUGUAUGUUUGUUGUACUUUCUCUCUCCUCAGCGUCUCUAUGCCAUGGGGCAUGUGUGGAGGUGGACUCUGACACUGACGCAGUGGUCAACGAAGGCUUUAAGCUGGGCUGUAUCUCCUGUAAAAUGAGGGGCGAGGUGCCCGCCGAGACCACUGUUGAAUGGUCCUUUAUGCCCAAAGGGGAGAGCGAGUUCACAACAAUCUACAGCUACGAGGAUCUAAUGAGCGACAUCCCGGACGAGCGCUUCUACGAGCGUCUGGACUGGAACGGCAGCAAGAAGACCAAGGACCUGCAGGACGGCUCCAUCUACAUCCGGAACGUGACGUGGAACGACACGGGCACCUACCGCUGCAUCUUCAACCGCACCCUCACCUUCACCUCCUUCAAGUUCCACAACGACACCACCAAGAUCGUCCACCUCAACGUGGUGCCAAGACUGACCAGGGGGAUAGCGUCCAUCUUGUCCGAGGUGAUGAUGUACGUCACCAUCGUUGGGCUGCAGGUAUGGCUGGUGGUGGAGAUGAUUUACUGCUACAGGAAGAUAUCAGCGCAAGGCGAGGAAGCAUUGAGAGAGAGCGCGGCGGAGUACUUAGCUAUAGCUUCAGAAAGUAAAGAGAAUUGUGCAAUGGUGGCAGUAACCGAAUAGCACUGAUUAAAGAAUGGCUCCAAACGACAAAUAGCUCUUGAUAGCCCUUCAACACUUCUCCACUUCUUCCAUUAUGACACCAUCUCAUUGUGACACCAUCUCAUUACCCCAUCCAGGAGGACAAGCAGCCAAGAGGCUUGUCCAGAGAACAGAUGGAUGAGAAGUGAAACAGCCAAUGAAAAAAAGGACAUAUGCUGUAUAUUUGCAUUUAAAUACAGUAGAGUGUACCAUCUAGCAGUACUAUAAUAUCAAAGAGAGUUGUAUAUACAGUACGUAUGGUUAAUUAUGCAAUCCAAAUCUUCAUUAUAAUACUCCUACAUUAUAUUAAGUUAGUAUUGUACAUUAAGAAUAGCUGCAUGCCUCCCGGGUGGCGCAGUGGUCUAGGGCACUGCAUCGCAGUGCUAACUGCGCCACCAGAGUCUCUGGGUUCGCGCCCAGGCUCUGUCGCAGCCGGCCGCGACCGGGAGGUCCGUGGGGCGACGCACAAUUGGCAUAGCGUCGUCCGGGGUAGGGAGGGUUUGGCCGGUAGGGAUAUCCUUGUCUCAUCGCGCUCCAGCGACUCCUGUGGCGGGCCGGGCGCAGUGCGCGCCAGCCAAGGGGGCCAGGUACACGGUGUUUCCUCCGACACAUUGGUGCGGCUGGCUUCCGGGUUGGAGGAGCGCUGUGUUAAGAAGCAGUACGGCUGGUUGGGUUGUGCUUUGGCUUUCGACCUUCGUCUCUCCCGAGCCCGUACGGGAGUUGUAGCGAUGAGACAAGGUAGUAAUUACUAGCGAUUGGAUACCACGAAAAUUGGGGAGAAAAUGGGAUAAAAAAAAAAAAAAAAAAAAAAGAAUAGCUGCAUGUGUAGUGAUACAUCCUAACCAUGGGCAUUAAUACGUUUCUUAAGGUCAAUUUCAGGAUUCUAAAGUGUGCUUGUAUCAAAGCAAUUAGAGGACAGAACUCAACUGCAAUCUGACACAAUGGCUUCAGUAGCCGGUCUUGACCAGACCUUCAAUGGCUAUUAUGCGCAGAUCCAGACUAGCCUACCGGUAUAUUCAAAAGCAUUCCAAUAAAACCUUAAGUUAUGCAUUCAGGUUAAUGAAAUGAGUACCCUGAGGAGUAUUGGUCUAACACACGGUUGACUAGCUGGGAGUACUGGAUUGUACACAUCCAGAGCAACUAUUUCUGUUUGACAACAUCUGUCUACCCUUUAAAGGUUAAAGCAUUAAUGAUCUAGUAAUGUUACCAAUAGUCUUCCUCUUUUUUUGGGACAGGGAUAACUCUCUCAAACUUAAAGUACAUUAGGAUCAGGGUAAAUUCACUAUCCAGUGUCUAGUAUAGAUGGUAGAAUGCCUGUACAUACUGUAGAUAGAGGACUGUAGCUAACUAUUUAUCAAUGCUAUGGAAUCAUUUUCACGUAACCGGUGAUUUGCUUAUGUCAGACGAUUUAAGGUAAUUAACAUGGUCAAUUCCUCAAAGCUAUAAUUAUCCACCAAUGUAUCCUUCUAGAAAGUGUCACAUUAUAGCAGUUCCAUUUUAAAAUGUUGAAACUAUCAUUCUACCGUUGUGACUGGAAACCUCAAUAUGCAACAUCCAUACAUUAUACAUAUGUUUAUUGCAGUAUAAUUGUAUUCUCUCCAUAUUUCAUUAAUGCUUUACUUGCUAGAUUUUCCUUACCAUAUUUACAACAAACAAGGGCUUGUGAUAUUAGCUGCCAUUUUACUGCCGUGGGAAACUACCACAAUUUGUCCAGUGUGCCUAGAGCAGGAAUGUCUGUGACUGGUCGAAGACCUGAAACGGUUUAGACAAGACGCUAAACUGGUUUAAAACAAGUUAUUUAAUGAAGAUACCUAAUGUGAGCAGAAACUAUACUAUAUACAGUGUUGGCUUAGUGCUCAUAUCAAUCAGUCCCUAUGGGGCAGAAUACAAUGAGUUACUAUUGAAAACGGACAUCCCUGUCGUUCCUAUUUGGCAGUCAAUUCUGAAUUAUACCUCCAGGGGCAGCAUAACACUGCCUAAUGUGGACUGCCAUCUUGCAUGCAUACUUUCUUGUAUAAUUUCAUUGGGAUCUAGGUUUGCUACAUUUGAAGUACAGAAAAGAAUAAUAGGAUUGUUAUCACAUGAUAACUGCCACACAUGAACAAAUGCUCAUUCUGUAGAAUUAAUGUUCAAGAUUCUGAAUUAUUCAAAAUUCCUUUUAAAAACCUUGACGCCGAUUUGGUCAGGUUAGAGUUUCUAUUCGCCUUUCACAGAACUUCAACAUUAAAUAGCGGAAUAUGUUGGAAAAAACAACAGGCUUAAAACAGGGAAUAAUCUACUUCUGCUGUAAUUAAAAAUGUUUACUGAAGAGAGCUGUUCCAGUUCACAUUACUAUGGAAAUGUUGCUUGCCUAAACAGUCAGCUUUAUACCAUAAUACAAUUGUCAUGUGAUAAUGGAGUAGGCUUUAUGUCUGGUUUAUUAAAUCAAAACAAUCUC